UAUUUUUUUUCCCCCCUCUUUUUUCCGGGGAAUGAAGUGAAACUACAGCUCAAUGUUUAAAGACUACAAAAGUAGCUACUGGCGUCACUGUUCGGUUUGAUCAUCGAUCACUGAUUAGUCAUCGAUCAUCGGCACAUAUUUCUGUCAACCCGUCAGGAUGUCAGCUGUGAAGAUGACAGAGGGGAGUGUGGAGCUCGUCCUGGGGAGCGGCAAAGUGCCGCUCUUCUACAGACAGAGUGAACCCGCCACGGGGGAAGCGAGGAUGUCAGUUUUACUCCUUCACGGGAUCCGUUUCUCAUCAGAAAACUGGCUCAACAUCGGCACUCUGGAGACUCUGGCCAAAACUGGCUGCCGCGCUGUCGCCAUAGAUCUGCCAGGACUCGGCCGGUCUAAGUCAGCUGAGGCCCCGGUGGCGGUGGGAGAACUGGCCCCUGCAAGUUUCCUGAAGGAUGUGUGUGAGCAGCUGAGCCUGAGCCCGGUGGUGCUGAUCAGCCCAUCCCUCAGUGGGAUGUACUCCCUCCCCUUCCUCAUGCAGCACCCGGCUCUAAUACAAGCCUACGUCCCUGUAGCUCCCAUCUGCACAGAGAAAUUCACAGCAGAGCAGUACCAGAGCGUAAAGGUUCCUUCGCUCAUCGUCUAUGGCGACCAGGACGCUCGGCUCGGCGAGACGUCGCUCCGGAACCUGAGCAGUCUGGCCAAUCACAGCGUGGUGGUGAUGAAAGGAGCGGGUCAUCCCUGUUACCUGGACGACCCAGACACUUGGCACAAAGCUCUCACAGACUUCCUUAACGCACUCUGACGCUCACAUCGGUCACAGAGAAAUCAUAGUCAUCCCAUCAUUUUUUGAAGUUUCAUCUGUACAAAAGAAUGGAGCGACAUGGACCAGUGCCCAGAAAAGAAGGAGUGAAAUCUUCCACACACACACACACGACAUUCACACUCGCAUACAUACACGAAAAAAUAAAACAAACCAAAAAAAAAAAAA